GUUAUUAUUUAUGCAAAAGCUAAUAAAAUAUUUAUUACUGAAUAAAACGUCAAAUAAAAAUUAUUUAAAUUUUUGGGGGAAUUGGAAAGACAGAGGCCUUUCCCGAUUUAUGUAUUUCGUUGUAGCAGGUAUCUAAUUUAUCUUCUUGUGUCGUGUGGAUGUUGUGGCAGUACCGUUACGGGUAUGUUGGGGAUUCGUUGUUUUACUUCUCUUUGGUUUCCGGAAGCGUGAGCACUCGGUGGAAGUCUUUCUAAGGUGGAUGGUCCCGUGAAGCGUACGGGAUUGAUGUUGUGUUGUGGUUGAAUAUUAGUUUCGGACUCUCUGAGCAAAAUGUUGUCAUUGACACGGCCGUUAAUUAGUGUGCAUAGCGAGAAAAAUGAGGCCAAUGGAACAAUUCCCUUGCCUUUGGUAUUCAAAGCACCCAUCAGGCCUGAUGUGGUAAACUUUGUUCAUGAUAAUAUGGCAAAGAAUCAUCGUCAGCCAUACUGUGUUAAUAAAGAUGCAGGCCAUCAAACAAGUGCUGAAUCAUGGGGAACUGGACGUGCUGUUGCUCGUAUUCCUCGUGUAAGAGGUGGUGGCACUCACAGAUCCGGCCAGGGUGCGUUUGGAAAUAUGUGCCGUGGUGGUAGAAUGUUUGCACCUACCAAGCCAUGGCGACGUUGGCAUCGUAAAAUCAAUGUUAAUCAGAAACGCUAUGCUUUAGUGUCUGCUAUUGCUGCUAGUGGUGUUCCAGCUUUAGUUAUGUCGAAAGGUCAUAUGAUUCAAGAUGUACCCGAAAUUCCUCUUGUAGUUGAUGAUAAGGUGCAAGAGUACAGCAAGACAAAGCAGGCAGUUAUUUUCUUGCGUCGCAUUAAAGCAUGGUCUGAUAUUGAGAAGGUCUACAAGUCUCGUAGAUUUCGUGCUGGUAAAGGAAAGAUGCGUAAUAGACGUCGCAUUCAGAGGCGUGGCCCUUUGAUAAUUUACCAUGAAGACAAGGCAAGACAAGAGAAUUCCAAGACUCACUUUCAUGUUAUUUUGCAGGGUUUGACCAAAGCAUUCCGCAAUAUCCCAGGUGUGGACUUGGUCAAUGUUGAUAAACUGAAUUUAUUGAAGUUGGCUCCUGGUGGCCAUGUUGGUAGAUUUGUCAUUUGGACCAAGUCUGCAUUUAACAGGCUUGAUGCUCUGUAUGGAACUUGGCGCAAGACAGCCAGACUAAAGAAAGGAUACAACCUACCCAUGCCUAAAAUGGCAAAUACGGAUUUGACCAGGCUCUUGAAAUCAGAGUCCAUUAUGAAAGUACUACGACGACCCAAGAAACUUGUGGUCCGUCGUGUCAAGAAGCUCAAUCCUUUGAGUAACACAAAAGCAAUGGUGAGGCUUAAUCCUUAUGCAUCAGUCCUGAAACGAGCUGCUGCUCUUGCUGAAAGUAAGAGGCGACUUGCCAGGAUUAAACUUGCUGCAAAGAAGAGAGGCAUUGAAAAGAUUUCUGAGAAGCAGAGAUUGAUCUUGCAGAAGGAUAGGAAACGCAGAAUUGCAAGGAAUGCCCUGAAGAGUGCCAGGAGGCUUCGUAAGGAGAAAUUGGAGAAAGAGAAAGCAGCUGCUCCUAAAGAAGAGAAGAAGGUUGCUAAGAAACCUGUGGAAGGCAAAGAGGCUAAGGCAAAGGCUGCUCCACUUACACCUAGAGAGAGGGCCAAGGCUGCUAGGGCAGCAGCUGCUGCUCGGAGACCUGUGGCACUUAAAUUCCGUCAUAUUGGUAGAGUUGUUAAAGUUACAAAGCCUGGAAGAGCAAGCAAGAAGAUACUCAAAGCUGCAGUUAAGCGUGCAGAAAAUCAACGCCGGUUUGGUAAGAAUGUCCCUAUCAUUGAUCAAGCAAAAUUGAAACCUGUGCCUACAAAACCGAAGGUUAAGAAGGGUACUCAAGUAGGGAAAGUAAAGAAGGCUGUGAAGGCAGUUUCAAAGGAUGGAAAGCCUGCACCCAAACCCACAAAAACAGAAUCCAAAACUACUAAGCCCAAAACUGCAAAGCCCAAAGCAGAGAAACCCAAGGUUGGAAAGGGUGCAGCCAAGACCGAAAAAAAGCCUGCUGAAAAGUAAAUGUAUAUCUCAACAUUUGGUAAAAUAAAGAUGUAUAUGGAAUUUGGAAAAUUGCUGUAUUCUUUGUUCCCCUAAACUUCAUUUAAAUGAUAUAGUGUAUUUGAUGUAUGGUUUCUAAUGUAAGUUUCAUCGUAUUUUCCAAAUAAUACUCUCAGCUUACAAUUAUUGUAUGACCGGUAACUUAUAGUGUAAUCAUUA